AAUAUGUUAAAUUCGUGCACUGCCACCGCGAUGGUAGUGGCUUCGUGGACUUGUGCGCAAGUCAUCCAAUGGCUCCAUGACGCUGGAUUUGACACCUUUGCAGAGACUUUCAGCGAGAACGAGAUCAGUGGAGAUGUCUUGCCCACUCUAACCAACGAAAUCCUUCGAGAUGACUUGAAGAUAUCCGCGUAUGGCCACCGCGUCAAACUUCUUCGCGCUGUCAAUGAGCUACUGAACAUGGCACAUGCUCCCAGCACUGCCUUCGAGGAGCCUCGUGCAUUGCACCAAACAUCUACAGAGGGCACCGUUUCAACGCGACGCUCGCAGUUGCCAGCAUCGGCACACCAAAUUCCACGAAUUACCAUCCUGCCGCCACGCGACCUCCCUGAGAUUCCAAAAGUUGGUCGUCGUCGGUUCUUCAACACUAAAGUUGGUCGCGACAUUCGACUCAACCCAACUUACCCCCACACGGUCGUGUUUGCCACCAAGGGCAGCUGUGUGUUGUGCUUUUCUGACAGCACGAGCGGCCGGCGUCGUGAAUUGUGCACAACGAAGAAGUGCUUGACGUGCCAGGUGCACUUGUGCACCAAGAAAUUUGGUGAUUACCCCUCGUCAUGCUUUGACGCGUUUCAUGAAGAAGAAACGCUCGAGAUGCGAUCGCGGCCGCCGCCACGGCCGCGUGUCACGUAUAUUUUACCAAAUUGGGACCCGGCGAAAGAUUCGUACGAGAGCUUGAAGCGAGAAGUUCUUGCCAGGCAAUUCCAGCACAAGUAGCAUCCGAGUUAAUAUAUCUUUAGUCCCAUUCCCCCCAAUCAUCUCCCCGACGCUCUUCGUUGAAGACAUCGUCGCUUGAGAUUUCCGCGGCACUGUCUUCCACAGUAGGAGGCCCUGCAACUUCGACGGGCGAAACUGUUGGCGCUGAGGUUAAGUUGGCUGCCAAAGCAACUUGCUUCGUCAGGUUGUCAAUAUCCGCCUCUUUCUCUUUCAGCUUUGCUUGGAGGGAUGCCACUUGAGCCGCGGUUUCAUCUUUCCCUUUGGCCACUCCGUCUUGAAAGGCUUUUGCAACCGACACCUUCAACUCGUCCUCGUGCUUCUUAAAUGCGACGUCUGUCUCGUCCUUGAGUUUCUUCAUCUUGACUGCUCGCGCCUUCCACACUUCCAACUCUUUCAACCCUUCUUGUGCCUGUUCGGCACUUGCCUUCAGCGAUGCGUUCUCACGUCGAAGCGAUUCGAGUUCGGCGUAUACACCCUGAGACAGUGGAGCAGCGUCAACGUCGUUGCGACCAGUCGCAGAACCGUGCAAGGCCCAAAUCUUUUGCGCCAAAGCAGCCGACACAAACUCAGGUGGCGAUGGCAUCGUGGCAGUUGGGACGGUCAAGCUCAACAAGUACUCUUCGAUCUCUUUCAACUCGAUGCGCGUACUGUCUCGAAUUGACUUCACGAUUUGCUCGCUCUUGGCUAUGCCUUCUUCGUACCCCAAGGCUCUGGCAUCAUCAAUUUGCGUCGUCAUUUGCGCGAGCUUGACCUCGUACUCUUCGGCCAAGAGCUGGUGGUUCGACACAUCUGCCUUUUCCAAACUCGCUAUCACCUCUUGCAGGGCCACAACUUGGUCCUUCCACAUCUGAACGUCCAUUUCCUUCGCAUGCUGCUCGGCACGUUCGCGUUCAGCUUGAGCGGCCUCUUCUUCCGCUUCUUUCUGGCGAAGUUCUCGCAGCUCGCGCUCCUUUUGGAGUUUAAGUCGACGCUCUUCGUCCCGCUUUGCCUGCUCCUCUUCUUGACGCAACUGCAAAAAUUGACGAAAGUAAUAUCUACUCCGGAAUUCAAUAUUCAGCCGUCACUAACAUAGGGGAGUGAGCAUCAUUGCAGGUACCUCGUCCAGAAUUCCUUGUACGAGAGCUGCUCGGGAACGAGGGCCGUGUGCAAGUCAGCAACGAGCUCAUCCUUUUGCAAGAUCGAUGCAACAUCGUCAGUCUUCAGGUCCAGGUCGAACACCUCUUGGAACGCCUUGUAGUCUUCCAGUUCUUCAAAGAUGAUCUAAACGAGCGACAGUGUGUUUCUCACAUGUCCACGGUGAAUAUGCUUACCUCGUCAACAGGGUUCGUCUGAGCUUGGCUCAUCGUCUUCAGCAGCAACUGAGCUUCAUCUUGGACUUGCGCGACAAUGCUCGUCGCGCGCUCCUGUACCUUUUCUUGGACCUGCUUUGCCGCUUGGUAAAUCCACAUGAUCCUUGGAGAAUGAAGAAGCCUCGAAA